CUUUGAAUUUCAGGGAAUCCCAGUGUGCAUAAAUAUCUCUGUUUAUAAACAAUAAUAAUUUCUUAUCAACCCAACUCGAGUUAACUCUAGACGUGUAAUUCUAUCUUGCUUUAUUUUUUGCUUAUGCAUCAGAUAUAAAAAAAGUAUUAAUUAUUAAGUAUAACCAACAAUAUUAAUCACAACUUAAAAAAAACGUAAUAUACAACACAAAAUAAAGAUUAUAUUUGAUAAAAAAUAUGGAGGAAACACGAAUGAAGUGGUGUGAUGAUUUGGAGAAAUUACUUGAAUGUCCAGUGUGUUUUGAGAGACUUGCCGGAACAAUAUACAUGUGUACAACCGGACAUAACAUAUGUAAAUUAUGCUUUGAACAAAUGCGAGAAUGUGGUACAUGUAAAAAGCCAUUUUCAUCAGCUCGUAAUUAUUUGGCAGAAGAUUUAUCAAUGUCUCUUGACAUGAUGAAGAUCUCAAUGAUGGAUCCAAAUGACAUGAUAAAUAAAGUAUGGAAUUUUAAGAAAAAUUCAAUUGGAACACAGACUGAUUUUGAUCCUUUGUUUUCAAAUAUUUAUCCUUCAACACUUGACAUUAAAUCUGUUCUUCCAUAUGACAUCCCAUGGGGUGAUUAUCCAUGUUUAUUGAACAAUGGAUGUCGUUUUAAAGAAUCAUUUGUUAAUAUGAUUGGUCAUUUCAAAGCUGAACAUCUUAAUGAUUAUGAAGAGUUUAGUAAUGAUCGAAUGCCAUUUUCAAAGACUUGGGAAUUUCCAUAUGACCUAAAAAUGAAUUACAACAAAGCAUUUUUAAUAUCGAAACAUGCAUUAUUUUUGCUUCACAUUGGCAUUGAUAGAAAUGGAAAUUUGAGAUCUUAUAUUACCAGUUAUGCAAGUGGAAGAGAAGCUCGACGUUUUGCUUAUACAAUACAGAUUGAAUCUGGUACCAAAGAAACAUAUUUUUUUGGCAAGGCAAAUUCAUGUCGUUUAGUUACUGCAUCAAUUGAACGUGAAGGCUAUUUUAUAAAAUCUAAUGAGAUUCGUGGUGAAAUGUCCAAAAAAAGAGAUGAUAGUAGUAUGAGAUCAAUGGGAAGUGAAAACAGUUUGAAUAGUAAUUCUCAUAUUGAAAAAAUAGAUCAUGUGCCAAGACGUCGUAAUAGAAAUCAUCAUGGGAGACCAAGAAAUCAAAGUUUAUCAAAUCAAUUGAAUUCUAACAAUACUUCUCCCAAACCAUUGAUGAGUAUAUCAAGUAAUUCUCCUGUUAUUAUAAAUCACCAACAAAGACAAAGAUCACACGAAGAUCAAAGACCAAGACGUGCUUUAUCAAAUCCAUCGAGUGUCAAUAGCAACUCUCAGUUUGUCAGUCAAAUAAAUAUUGAUACUGCUGCCAGUAAUUCAGCAUGUGGACUGAGACGAAGAUUUAGAGCAUCAAGAAAUCCAAGUUUAUCAAAUCGGUCAAGUGGUGAUAACAAUUCUAAAGAAGCUGGUGCUGGUACUGGUACUGGUGGUGCUGGUGGUGCUGGUGCUUCUAUUGCUUUACCACAUGGUAAUCCAAGUUCCCAACAAGUUCCAAAGAUCAGAAAUUUCAGAGACCGAAAACCUACUGAACUGCCAAAUACUCGUGAAAAUUCAACACCACGAGAAACACAGAAUUCAUUAGAAAACAAACUUUAUGCUAAAUUGUAUGAUGCAUUGAAAAAUGAACUUGGACGUGUUAUUGAUGGAAAAUUAGCAAAUAAAGUAUCUGGUGGUGUCAGAACAACAGUAAAUGAACAGCCUCAUCAUGUAUCUGUUGUACAUAAUGAUCAUAUAAUAUGCAGUGGAAAUAUUAUCACUCAAAGACAUAUUUUAACAUCAGCAUCUUGUGUUGUAAUUAAAGAAGAAAAUUCUAUUAUUAUUGCCAGUAAUCUUCAAGUACUUGUUGGAGCAAGUGAUGCAGGUCAUCGUGAUAUUUAUUUUGUUGAUAUUGUUAUGUGGCAUGCAAAUUACGAGCCAAAACAAUUUUGGAAAAAUGAUAUUGGAAUAUUACGAUUAGAACGAUCAAUAAUAUUUUCAGCAAAUCGUUUAAGUAUUUCAUUGCCAAAUUAUUAUAGUAGUUUUGGCAGAGUAAUGGUUUUAACAAAUUGGGGAAGAAUUGUAUUAGAAAGAAAUAAUAAUGUCAAAUAUCUUGAGUUUCUUCAAGUUACUGGACUAACUCGUAACGAAUGUCGUGAAACUUUUCCUAGUUAUUUAUUAGAUUAUGCAACUCAAAGCUGUGCAAAAACUAUAAAGAAAGAUGCUUCAAUUACCAUGGGUGACAGUGGUGCUGGCAUAGUUUCUACGGGUAAAUUAAUGGCAAUUGCAACUGCUUUUAAACCAGAUAAACCUAAUUUUUUUAUCUAUACAAAAAUUUAUCCUUUUAUAGAAUAUAUUAACAGAAUUACUAGAAUUUAUUAG